AUGGCCACGGAAAAGGUGCUCGGUACGUGGUUGUGUACUAAGACGGAUAUAUUUACCUUCAAAAUCAUCUGGGACCGCCAUGAUCGUGAGUUAUUGGAAGGUCACCGUCGGCCCACCAAAAGGGAAGUUUUACGAGUACUGAUGACCAUAUACGACCCUCUCGGUCUCAUCGCACCGUUCCUCGUAUACUUAAAGAUACUACUGCAAGAAAUUUGGCGUUCCGGCAUCCAGUGGGAUGACCAAAUCGACGACAAUAUUUUCAAAAAGUGGCAAUUAUGGCUCCAAGUAUUACCACAAGUGGAAGGAGUUCAGAUUCCGCGUUGCUUCCUUUCAAAUUUUGCGCCUGAUUAUGAACACGUCCAGCUACACACCUUCGUAGAUGCAAGUGAAAGCGCCAUGGCUGCUGCAUGCUAUUUGCGUUUUGUCUGGCAUGACAAAAUCCGAUGCUGUCUUGUCGCCGCAAAAACAAGAGUUGCUCCACUGAGAUACCAUUCGGUUCCGAAGUUGGAAUGCCAAUCUGCAGUUAUUGGUGUUCGACUAGCUCGAUCGGUUAUCGACUCACUGUCUUUCCAAGUAGACAAAUUUUUCUACCAUUCGGAUUCCAGGGAUGUGAUUUGUUGGCUGAACUCCGAUCAUCGACGUUAUUCUCCGUUUAUCGCACAUCGGGUGAGCGAGAUUUUGGAGGCCACAGUUGCGGACGAAUGGCGUUGGAUCCCCACUAAGCUAAACGUUGCCGACGAUGCAACAAAGUGGGAGAAGUUUCCAGACAUGACUCCAAACUCGAGAUGGUACAACGCUCCGGAAUUCCUCUGGCUAACAGAAGAAUCAUGGCCGCGUCAACCAGCUGUAGGAUGCAAAACCGACAUAGAGCUUCGCCCUGGCUUAUUAGCUCACUUUAUAAAACCAGACAGUUUUUUGAAUGUUUCUAGUUGGAAACGGAUGAUCAAUAUUGCUGUAACUAUUAGUCGUUUCCCCAUGAAUUGCCGCUUACGAAUCCAGAAAAAACCUAUCAUUACUGGAGCUCCUUCGUUCGAAGAAUUUAUAACUGCGGAACGUUAUUUGAUUCAACAGGCUCAGCGAGAAUGCUACCUAGACGAAGUAGCAAUCCUUUCGAAUCUGAAUGAAGCUAAGUUGUCCGUUCCAAAAUCCAGUUCUCUGUAUAAGCUGUCACCGUUCUUAGACGACCAUGGCAUCAUAAGAAUGCGAGGAAGAACAAACGCCUGCGGGUAUAUCACUGAAGACGCCAAAAACCCAAUCAUCCUGCCCCGUGACCACCAUACUACCAAACUCAUUAUUGCACACUAUCAUAACAAAUAUCACCACCAAAACCACGAGAUCAUUAUUAACGAAUUGCGACAACGGUUCUGUAUCCCUCGACUGCGCAUCGCGUAUGCGAAUGUGCGCAAACACUGCCAACGCUGCAAGAAUGACCGCUCGAUUCCUCAGCCUCCAAUAAUGGCUGAUCUACCGCCAGAACGACUCGAUGCAUUUGCUCGACCAUUCACGCAUGUAGGUAUUGACUACUUUGGUCCCCUGGAAGUAGUCGUUGGCCGCAGAGUGGAGAAACGAUGGGGUAUGCUGAUCACGUGUUUAACCACUAGAGCUAUACAUAUAGAAGUGGUGCAUACUCUAAAUACCGAUUCAUGCGUAAUGGGUCUUCGCAACUUCGCGGCUCGUCGAGGAACACCUAGAACGAUCUAUAGCGAUCGCGGUACUUGUUUCAUCGGGGCUAAUCGUGAAAUGCAGGAAGCAGUGUCACAGGUUAACUUAAAGGACAUAAUGAGAGAGUUCAGUGGCGUAGAAACCAGCUGGAAGUUCAACCCUCCGCUCUCACCUCACAUGGGUGGUAUCUGGGAACGAUUGAUCAGCAUAGUUAAGCGAAACCUGAUGGCCGUCCAACUCUCGAGAAAGCCCAGUGAUGAGGUGUUACGAAACCUGCUAACCGAGAUCGAGAAUACCGUUAAUUCUCGGCCCUUAACGCACGUUCCAAUAGACGAUGAAUCCGCCCCAGCUCUCACUCCGAACCACUUUCUCUUAGGAUCCUCCGACGGCACAAAACCACUCUGUACCCUCGACGAUAGUGGUAUUGUGUUACGACGAUGUUGGCGAACGUCCCAGUUACUGGCAAACCAAUUUUGGAAACGAUGGUUGACCGAUUACCUACCCGAAAUUACACGAAGGACCAAGUGGUACUCCAAAACAAAACCAAUCGAAAUUGGAGAUGUCGUAGUAAUCGUCGACCCACAACUACCCCGAAACUGUUGGCCUAAGGGCAAGGUCAUCGGAACUAAACCGAGCAAAAGAGACGGCGAAAUCAGAGCAGCGACCGUAAAAACCAAGACCGGAAUCUAUGAACGUCCAGUGGCCAAGCUAGCUGUGUUGGAUAUUCGGAGCGUUCAGCUGCGGGACUCACCGUAUCGGCAGGCCGGAAGGAACACCGUGAAGCACACGUCGUCCUCACCGAUCAGCACAGAACCCGGUUCGGAACACACGCCAGGAUACGCAACGGACAAAUGA